ACUUCUGGCUAUAAAUUUGCGACACUCAUACAACAGUUAAACAAUAUUCCAAAAAAAAAACCACCCGAAUUAUGUGUUGCAGCAAAAUUAUUUAAUCCUUAUAAAGUUGAAAAUGGUGAAAAUUUGAGAA